CAUAGGUGUCUAAAAUUCUUAACUUUUUUGUCAUGUGGAAGAACAAGAUUUGAACUAAAAUGACUAAAACAUCCUAAAAUAAACUUAGUAGGGUUUUUAAAUUUUUUUUUUUUCUCUUUCUUUUCUCACGCAACACACAACCUUCACCCCCAAGCUUUGUCACCAGAGCUCGACGCCGAAGAGCUCUCCGUCACCAAGUAGUGAGCGUUCUUUGUCGCGAAGGGCUCCGGCUACCUCUCUGUUCUUGGUAAUCUCUCCAUUAUUGGAGACCUCUCGUUCUCCUCACCAUCACCGAGGAGCUCUCCACCACCAAGUAUUGAGCCGUCGCCGUCACGAAGAGCUCCGCCACUAGAUCUAAAGCACGACGACCUCUUGUUCUCGACGUUGUACAGUUGCACAAGAAAUGGGUGAAACGGUGUCCUCGAGGACCCACGAAGAGCUCUGAUUUGAUCCACUUGUUGAUCUUUCGGUAAGAUUGAAGUCAACGGCAGAAAACUCGCAGAGAUCAUCACUGGUUGUCCUCGUCACCAUAGUAGUCACAGCAGAGGGAACAACUCUUAGAUCUGCGCGAGAGAGGAGAAGGGAAGAGAGAAAUUUUUGAGAGAGAGACUUUGUAAAGUGGAUACUUGCUGAUUGUGGACGAUCGUGGUACUGCCAAUAUUGGUGGUUAUCAGAUGGUUUUUGUGGUGGAUACCGGCUAGUAUCACAGUUGGAUACCAGUAUAUAGGUGGAUAUCGACUGUGUAACCUCUUCUCGAAGCUGCAACAAUCUCCUCCACAAAGUUAUCGGCGGGUCUUUGCCUUUCCUUGGCCAUGGGAAGAUAGAUUUGUAUGAUUGGUGAGGGUCGCGAUAUGGUGCACCGCCCUCAAAUUAAACAGAUUCGAUUCUCUGAUUGUGGAUUGUGUUUUUGAUUGUCAUUGAUUUUUUGUAUAUUUUUUGUAUUAUGUUGGCAACGACACUGCCACAAAUAAUGGUGGCUACCGGUAGAUACCGAUUGGUAACCAUCCGGUAUCUGGGUGGAUAUUGUCUAAUAUUUAGGUGGAUACCGAUAAUCAUAAAAGAUACUUAAUUUUUAAGUAUUCCAACAACUAAUAUUGGCGGUUAUCUGUCGAAUAUCAAAUGAUAUCUCAAUUAGAUACUGAUUUUGUGAUCAGAGUAUUUCGGUCAGAUACUGAUAUCUUGGCCGAAUAUCAAAUGAUAUCCUAAAGAGUAUUUUUAGUAUUUUAAAUACAGCGUGAUAAUAUAGUUGUAGUAUUAUUUACAAUAAUUUAUGCCCCUCACACAUGUCAAUCCAACCCUAAAACCAACAGAGGGCUAAUUAGCCGGUGAGCCCAUAAGUCCAUUCUACCCUACAAGCAGACUAACCCAACUCAGGGCCCAAAUUUUAGGCACACGUGUGCACGAGAGAGGUUAACACGCGUGAUUGAGAAAGUGAGGGAGUUUUGGGAAGUAGGCGGGAAGCAGUACCAUCUUCGCUCCGGUCAUCUCCAUAACCAUUCCUUUCUCUCACUUCAUUUUCUCUCUCUACUUCUCUGCGUUUGAUCAAGAAUGGGCAUAAAGGGUUUAACGAAGCUUUUGGCGGACAAUGCUCCCAAGGCCAUGAAAGAGCAGAAAUUCGAGAGCUAUUUUGGGCGUAAGAUCGCCAUCGAUGCCAGCAUGAGCAUUUACCAGUUCCUUAUUGUCGUGGGAAGAAGUGGGACUGAGAUGUUGACCAAUGAGGCUGGUGAAGUUACUAGUCAUUUGCAAGGGAUGUUUUCAAGGACAAUUAGACUUCUGGAAGCUGGAAUAAAGCCAGUCUAUGUCUUUGACGGGAAGCCUCCACAAUUGAAAAGUCAAGAGCUGGCGAAACGGUACUCAAAGAGGGCAGAUGCUACUGAGGAUUUAGCACAGGCCAUGGAGACCGGCAAUAAGGAAGACAUUGAGAAAUUUAGUAAACGGACUGUAAAGGUGACAAAGCAGCACAAUGAAGACUGCAAAAGGCUUUUAAAACUAAUGGGUGUUCCUGUAAUUGAGGCUCCCUCAGAAGCAGAAGCACAAUGUGCUGCACUUUGCAAGUCAGGGAAGGUUUAUGCUGUGGCUUCUGAAGACAUGGAUUCCUUAACCUUUGGAGCUCCAAGAUUUCUUCGUCAUUUGAUGGAUCCUAGCUCUCGAAAAGUCCCAGUCAUGGAAUUUGAAGUUGCAAAGAUUUUGGAGGAGCUAAACCUUAGCACGGAUCAGUUCAUUGACUUGUGCAUUCUUUCUGGAUGUGAUUAUUGCGACAGCAUUAGAGGUAUUGGAGGACAGACUGCUUUGAAGCUCAUCCGCCAACAUGGUUCCAUAGAGAAUAUACUGGAGAACAUAAACAAGGAAAGGUACCAAAUACCAGAUAACUGGCCAUAUGAAGAAGCUAGGCAGCUAUUUAAAGUACCAGAAGUCUAUGCUGAUGAUAACCAACUCGAAAUUAAGUGGACUGCUCCAGAUGAUGAAGGGUUGAUUGCUUUUUUGGUGAAUGAAAAUGGAUUCAACAGUGACAGAGUGACUAAGGCAAUAGAAAAAAUAAAAGCAGCUAAGAAUAAGUCCUCUCAGGGGAGAUUAGAAUCGUUUUUCAAACCAGUUGCUAGCCCAACAGUGCCAAUUAAGCGUAAGGAAACAUCGGAGAACACUGCUAAAGGCGCUGCUAGUAACAAAAAGUCAAAAGCCGGUGGGGGUAGAAAGAAGAAAUAGUUUAUUUGGAAGCAAACGUUAUUACAGACUGGUGGAGCCAACUGUAUUCUGAUCAGGUUAGAAUGCUGAUAAUAUUCUUCAUCAGUGCCCUUUGUUGUGGAUCUUAGGAGGUAAUGUUCUUUUGUGGCAGUUUCUUGCUGGAAGAGAAGUAGAGAACACACCGCAAUAGCUUAUGUGCUUUCACCGGCGUGACUUUGCGGUAGAGUUGAGGCUGAUUCAUGGGACUUUGUAUUCGACUUUUGUUUUAGACAUAAGUUAGAUUUUAUGUAUAACCUCUGGCUGCUUGUCACUCCUUCCUUGGUUUGUUAAUGACAAGCAUGCUUGGUAUUUUCCUUGUCUUCAAGGGCAAAAAGUUCUAUUCGAUCUCUCUAUAAACGAAAGUUGUAAAUUA